AUGGCGGGUUCCAUCUCUGCGGAAAAGGAGCAGCCCAGGAAAAGGAAAAAAAAGAAGCCUAUAAGUAAAGGCAGAAAAACCGAAAAGGCAAAGAACCCGGAAGAGGACCACAAAGAGCUGUACGCGGAGCAGGUCCAAGAGAUACUUGCACUGAACCAUAUUUACUUCCCGAUCUAUGUGGACCGUCCAGGACACCUCAAGAAAGCGCACUUGCCAAGCGACCUGAUGAGCAAAGAAGAAUAUAAUGAGAAGAACAAAGAACUGACCGCGGCAGUAGUCCCAAUAGAAAUGAACGACGAAAUUGAUGAAGAGAGUUGCGUAAAAGUUUGUAUUUUCUUCAACUACGAUAAUGACCUUCCCAAGUACAGAAUUUCAUUCACGUUUGAUAGUAAGUACCCAUACUCGUACCCUAACAUUUACCUACACAUGAGUAGAGCCCUGAGCAAGGAACAGACAACCCACCUUUCCUUGAAUGUAAAGAAAAUCUGUGCUAAAAAUUAUGGACGGAUUACUCUGUUCGAUAUCUGUAUCUAUUCAAACGAAUAUUUCAAUAAACUUUUGAGUCACAACUUUGAGAAUCUGUGGGAAGAAAUGAAACACAGGAUGGAUGAUCGGAGCAGGGGGAAACACAGUCUGCACCAACAGGCAUCUAAGUGUUCAGAUCGGAAGGACGUUGUGGAAAGUAUGACUGGAGGGACUGCUACUGGGGGAAUCGCACUUGGUAGCGGCAUCUCGGGGGGAACCUUGCCCGCUGGGGCAGCUGGGUUGUGGUCAUAUUCUUCCGAAUAUUUUAGAACGCACAAGGGUGGAGCAACAUGGUUAGAAGAUGAGAAAAGGAGAGAGGCAGAGCUCGGAGACAGUAGCUUCAGUUUGGACGAUCGACGCAACGCCCGAAACAGCAGCUGCGGCACCCAUGGCAGCAUGAAGGGUAGCAGGAGUGCUAGUAGCAAUGGGAGCAAUUGCGCCAGCGCCCACGUCGUAGCCCCCCAGCGCAAACCUCUUCACCCUCCCUGUGAACGGCGCAGCGGUCAUCCAGGCGAGAGAUACUACGACAUGGCACCCACCGAGGGGAGAUUCUUCCGAAACAUACAUGAAUCCAAUAGCAUCUCGGGAUUUUCAUCCAUAAAUAGCUGCGUCUUCGGAGCAGAGGAAGAACAUUUAAAUAAUUUUACAAAAAAAAAAAAAGAAAAAAAAACACAAGUCCGAAAAAUAUCGGAAGAUGAUGAACUAAAUGGACUAAAAGAAAAAACACUGGAAUCGAAUGAACAAAGACCAAUCCCACAUGGAAACGGAAGGCUAAAGCACUUUCAGAUUUUGAAAAAGACAAAAAUAAGUUACUACAGAAAUAAGUUGCUUGUAAGACACAACAUAGACACCAAUAUGUAUAUAAUUCACACGUAUGCCAUUUUAGGUGUUUUUGAUUUCCUGGCUUUUUUUUUAAACCACCUGCUGCACUGCAACAGGGGCUUCAACUUGUUUUGCAACCUCGGUGAGAAGAACGGCGAACAGCAGCAAACAGCGGCCAACACGGCAAACGCGACAAAUGCUGGCAACCUUGCCGACAACGUGAAAAAGAGAAAAAAAAAAAAAAAAAACGAGAAAAAUGAGAAACUCUUCACGGAUUUUUUGAAAGAUAUAAACGAAUUCCGCACACAGAGGAACAGCGCGAAGUUGUGCGACCCCUCGUGCCUCGAUUACUUCUGUAGUGAAUACGAACUCUAUGCCAGAAAGCAUUGUCUAAUGAGCACAGAGAACGAGAAGACGCUGCUACACGCGUUGAACGAGCUGAACUUUGCGCGAUUAAAAAAGGUAGUAAAGCAUUUUCGUAUGGUCCAGAAAAUGAACUUGAAAAAAAUUAUCCGGGAGAUUUUGAGGCUGACAAAAAUUCAACACAAGUACUUAGCGAGGUACCACGUCUCUUGGUCGCAGAGGGAGCACGUCGAGCUAAACGAGGACCUUGGUGAUAACAGGAACCUGUGCAGGGUGUUCGAGAUGGUGAAGAUGCUCAUCCUGAGCAGGGUCUUCCGCAACUAUGAGGUGGGGAAUGGCCAUGCGGUUGGCGCAACGGAAGCCAAAGAUACCCACCUGUGCAGGCAAGACCAAGCAAAGCGAAUAGAAGACCUCUUCCAAAAGGUGCGAAGCAGGGACAACUGCGAAAGUGAACAAAGUCGGGGGGAAAAGGAAAAAGGAAAAAAAAAAAAAAGAGAAAUCAUGGAAGGGAGCAGUAGCGCUGCGCGCAAUAUAGACUCUGAAAGCACAAAUAAAAGAAAGAGCACACUCGACGACACGAGCAAUGAGAAAGAGAAGGGGAAAAAAGACACUCAGGGGGACAACCCUAAACUCUCACGCACAGAACGAAUGCUAAAUCAAAAAAUCAAAUUCAUACAAAGGUUAACAAGCAAAAAGGAAAAGAAAAAUGAUGUCCUCUACGUCCAGUGUGAAUACUGCAAGGGAGAAAUUUUGGAGAAAGAAAUUAAAAAAAAAAUUUUCCAAAAUAAUAAGUACCUAAUAUGGACUGUUUUUAGACAAAUUUUGGAGUGCCUAAGUUACCUACACAAGAGGGACAUUUACUUGAAAAAUUUAACCACGGGGAAUAUGUUUGUGCAUGUGGAUGAGUACGGGAUUCACAUCAAGAUUGUUAACUACACUGCGUGCAAUCUGAUUGGCUAUAUUUAUUUUUACAGUUCUUCCUAUGAGCGGAACUGCUCUUACAUGGCUAAUUUUUUGAGAAACUUCUACCGUGAGGAGGAGAGAGGUAGCCAUGGGGGAAACCAUCAGGAUAACCAUCGGGGUGAUAGUCCACAGGGGAGAGACACCUCGGAAAGAAGCAGAAGAAUAGGCCACAAACCGGGAGAAGAGACACUUCACGCAGAGACAGCCCAGCAAAGCACCAAGGCGGACAAAGGAGUCUCUCAAGCACAGGGAGGAACAACCGACACUCUGGAAGAAGAAACAAAGGGGUCAUUCUUCGCCCACAUGAAAAACCACAUAAGAAAGAAGCUCCUGGAGGAUCAAAAGAAUUAUUCCACGAAGAGUGAAACAUCGCAGAAACCCAAGGAGCAGAAUGAAUUUUAUACACACUCAUAUAAUCAACACCUAUACAACUGUCUAGCUAAACGCAAGUACAGCUAUGAAGAACUGGAUUUGUUUUCCCUGGGAUUAGUCCUCUACGAAAUGUUGCAUGUCCCCUUUACGUCUCCAAAGGAGAAAAUGAUAAACUUGAGGAACAUGAUCGUAAAGAGAACCUUCCCAGAAGAUUUUGUGAAGAAUGCUGGCGAUGAUGGAGCUGUUAAGGUUUUGAAGUUCAUUUUAAUUAAUACGACUAGUGAUUACCUCGGGAAGGAACCACUUGGGAGACUGCAAUACUCGGACAUUUCAAACCUGAGUGCAAAGACGGACGACUGGAAGUGGAGCCCCCACAUCGCCGCCAGCAACAGCAAUGACGCGCGGUUGGCUAGUCAAGGGAGAAAAAAAACAAAAAAAAAAAAUUUCCUCUCCGUAGAUAGCUACAAGAAGGAAGUGCUCUACUGCAAGGGGAAGUCGCCCCUCGCCGGUGAGGAAAUGGAAGAAGAAAAGGCAGAAGCAAAGGAAAAGGACAAAACGGACUUGUCUGGAAACGACGAUGAGGAUGAGACGCACAAAAUAUCAGCGGAGCAUCUCCUGAAUUGCCCCCUCAUACCCAUGGUUAUCCAGAGAGACUUAUUUAAAUACUUUUUGCAAAAGCUGAAAAUAAAUUCCCCUGUGGAGUGUAAAAACGUGUUAACAGUUUUGCUCAAGAAGAAGGAAGCAAAUGAGGAGAAACUCAUGGGGACAAAUAGAAAUGUGAUGGCGUACGCCAACGUCCGUACCUAUGAGUAUGAUGUCAUAAGUAGCUACGUGUUUGACCAUAUCAGCACUGUGUUGUCUAAAAAAAACACAACGCAUAGUCACCCCCUCGCCUUUCUGUUGCACCCGGGAAGGGGGGGAAGUCCACGGAUUGAACAGACGACCGUGGACAACAACUUCGCGCAGAAGAUCCCCACGAAUUUUAUUAAAAAAAUGGAAGUGCAGAAGAGGAGAAGUGCGAAGGGGGAGAACAAGGUGUACUACUCGAAUUACGGGCCAGCGGGGCGUGGUCAGAAUAACAGCCAGCAUGGCGCCCAGCAUAGUGGUAAACAUGACGAUCAACAUAGCGACGACCAGCAGAGCAGCGAGCAGGGGGAUAUUCCAAUCGGCCCGGAUGUCGACGUGCAGGAAAGCGAAGGACGCCCGCCAAGCAACGGUCCCCCGUGGGAGACAAAGAAAAAAACAGAGGAAGAAAAAAAUUACCCAGUAUUAAAUCGGUCCAACCAAAGAAUUGUUUUUAUUGAUAAAAACAACAAGCUUUUGUACGUCCCAUUCUACCUGACCGAGUCAUACAUGAAUGCAAUCCCGCAUAGUACCCAGGGCAAAAACUUCAGCAGCUCGUUCUUCUUUUCGCAGAACCACUUUUUGCAAAGAGGUCGGCAGGAGGAGAUGGUGCGUCGGGAGAAUAGCGUUUUGUACAGCAGCGUGGUGCGCGUAGACAGCCGGGGGGAUCUCCACUUCGGGGCGAGCACUGUCGGCGGCGCCAGGAAAGUUAGCGGCACUAGGAAAGUUAACAGUGCCAACCAUGUGAACAAUACCGGUGAUGCCACCUCUUACGCGCACCGUUCCAACCGUGGAAGUGAGAGCGAGGGCGGAGACCCCGCGACUGUGCAGGAAACAGAUGUCAACCUCUCCUUCUGCGUGUACCAGCUCAUGACCCUACACAACGUGCUAAGCAUACUGCACCGAUUCGAACACUACUUGGGAAAGCUCACCAUCAAGUGGUCCUGUACACACAUGCUCAUGCAGAUCAUCCGAGACGUCCUAUUCAUAGACGAAGACGAAAAAGCCAGAUUCAUUUUAACCCAAUUACGACAGCCAAACAUUAAGUACAAGCAUUUUAAAAAGCUACUGUACUUUCUCAACUUAACCUACGACGAUAGAGUUUUGAAAAUAUUAUAUUCGAUAGUAGUGGACACAUCGGACAACCUAAAACAGAAGAUGCACAAGGUUAAAAAAAUGUAUUUUAUGUUAGAUCAUCAGAACAAGAAUGCCAUUAGCUAUUUAGCUUCCACUGUCAUUUAUUUGGAGAGUUUGUUUGAACACUUUAACACAUCCAAGAAUACAUUCCUAUGGGACUUUUUCAUGAGCGAAUAUGAACAAGUGUUUUCGUUUUCCUUCGCCUUUGCUGUUUACCCGGAUGUUGAUCGAACUGCACUGUUGUCCAUCGGGGGAGUUUCCACGGAUGCCUUUUCGCAUUCCGCCGAGCGCCCUCCCAACGAGGCCACGUAUAACUUUGUCUACGAGAUUUUCGUGGACACCAUCUCGGCGUUGAUACUCCAGAAAGUCCGAAAGAACAACUGUGCCAACAUGCACAUCGACUUCCACUCCCCCAGCGUGGUCAUCACGACAAAGGCGUACAAACUCCUCGUGUACGCCUUCUCCCUCUACAACAGCUUGAUCCAGAACGGCAUCAAGUGCGAGUGCAAAAUCUCCCCCCUUGUCGAGACGUCCAAAUUCGAGCAGGGCCUCCUCAAGUACAGCGAUAUAAACAUCCACGUGCAGAUAACGCAAAAGGUAAAUUCCAACACGUCGCUGAAUAUAGAAGAUUACGAGGGAUCAGCCGAGACCAUCACUUCCAAUAUAGUUGGAGAGGAAAACGUAAACAUCAUGUAUAGUACCCACAUCAUUCGCCUGAAUAUAAAAAAGAACUUCGAAAACGAGUCCUCCCUCAUCAACUAUAUAAAGCAGUUUUACGCGAAGCGGUGA